AUGAAAAUAACAGCGUUGCUGAUGUUGCCUGCUUCUUCUCUGCUAUCCUGUGGGUCCAGCAGCAUCACCCUGGCAGAUCUGACUGCUGCAGUUCCCCACUGAGGCAGGGGUGUUUCCCAAGCCCUUUGCGACCUGUGCCACUGGCAGCUGGUUAGGGAAAGAGGACAUGGGCCCACCAAAGCUCUGGUGCUCCUUUGUCUCUUUCUCACUCUCAGGUGUUAGACACGAGUUUUGCUUGGUCCCCACUUACAAGGCUUUGCCCAUUGCUUCAGUGGUCCCAAACCUGCCCUGGGAAAGACAUCUUGCCCCAGAGAGGCCAUCAGGCAGUGAGCAAGCUGAGGUGGCAGAGGCCAGCAUCAUGGUGAGAGAAUCUGCAUCUGACUGAGGCCAAGGCCAGGGACAGAGCAGGUGACAGAAACGUUUAAUUUUCUUCCAUAUGGCAGGAAUCUCUGGAUUUGUUCCUCCAAGCUGUGCUGUAGUAUUUCAGCGUUCAAAAAGGCACACGUGGGGCCUGGCCAUCUCUUAGGAUUGCUUUGUUUGCAUCAUUUUUGUUCCAGAUCAGAAAUUGUGUGUCCUGCCAGCUGCCUGUGUGCUGUAUGAGUGCAGCCAGGGACAGAUUCUAGCUGAAGUGGAGUGUGCUGUGCCUGAGUGCUGGAGCGCUGGGUCGUAUCAGCAAAGACCUGCUCUGAAGUCCUUAUGUGUCACUGGGCUGUCAGGGAGCAAACUACAGGGCAAUAAUGUCUGACCUGAACCAGAGCAACUGCAGAAGAAUACAGGUGUUAAUCCAGGAUUGUAGAGCUUUACAAGGAUGCAAAGGACCAGGGGAGAAAUGUGUCCUGUAGGUUCAAUAGCACUGCAGCCAAACCCUUUUAGAACAGCUGGUAGUGUAACUGUGUGCUGAUUUUGUUUAAUUUUCCAUUCUCACAGGCCAUGAGCUCAGCCUGCUGAUAAACUAUGGUAUGGAGUUCCCUUCCUGUGGCACCAGGCCCUCGCAGUGCUGCAAACCCUUUUCAACAGGCAGUAUUUUGGCAUGGGGAAGGCAGGGAGAUUGCUCUCAGGCUCCUUGUGCAGCCUGGAAGAGAUGAAAGUUCAGCCAGAUGGGCUCAGGGAGGUUUGAGGCCCUAAACUGAAUCACUGCUGGUUUGAGUCCAGUGCAUGUGCACCCCUUGCUCCCCCUACCUGCACACUUCCAUUGUAUACCUGUACCACCCUCCCUCACAUUCCUUUCCUGCUGUCCCCAGCCCUGGUCUCCCUCUCUGCAGGCAUCCCUGCUGAUGCCUCCGCUCCACUCAAGGCAGACAACCCAAGCAGUUUAACCCUGCUCCAGCUUUCCAGUCCUCCUCAUUGGCAGAGCAGCCCCACAGAUGUCUCUCUGCUCAGCUGCAGGCCAGAGCAGCGAGAGCAGCCUCUGUCCUGUGAUGCUCACAGUUGUUUUUGCAUGCACGUGUGGGCUCGUUCUUCUGCUCCUCUUCUCACCAGACGCACUGACCUCCCUCUCACCUCCAUAUCUCUUGGGUGCCUCAGCAGCCAACUCCCUGCGCUCUGCCUGCUUCAAGGCCAAGCUCAGCAGCAGGCUGUGGAGCUGUCUGGGGAACAGACUGUGUGGUGCUGGAAUCCCAGGAAGGCAGGAGGGUCAGAUGAUGGCACACUGGUAAUGAAUAAUGCCGUACUCAUUGACUUGGAGGCAUCAUAUUAAUAUUGAAUUGAGGCACAUCCUCCUGCUCUUUAUUGCAAGGCCUUCCAGUCUCGGUCUGAUCUACAGCUCUAGGCAGCUUUUAGCCCAGAAAGCAGAGGAUUGUUUUGCUGAGUCGUGCAGGUGCCACUUUUUGAGGAUGCAGUUCCCACCCCAGGCUCCCUGACCUACCCCAUACCCUGUAUGCUGCUCAGGCAGUCCCGAGUCUGGAGCUGUCACUCUCUGCAGUGUGGGAUAGGUCCCAUCCCAUUUUCAUGCACACCUAGCCCCAGAAAUGCUUCCAGCCCUGGGUCAUGGCCCACCUCCCACUUCUACUCUAACUAGGCUGCCUUCCUGCAGUCCCAAAAUACCCCACUGCCCACUGAUUCACUGCAGCCCUCUCCACAUUGCUGUUUCCCCCCCGAGCAGUGACCCACCCCUACCUUUUGCUGGAAUUCCCUUGCCCUGGCUCCCUGCCUGCAGCCCAACCAGGGAUGCUCCAGCUUGAACUGAGCUGUCUGGGGCUGGUGCAGGCGUGUCUGAACCUCCCAUUCAGUGCCAUAAUUUCUCCAUCCCUCAUCCUUUGCUGGAAAUAAAUGCUGCACAAGGGCCUCUGCUGGUGCUAAUGCCUCACGGCACUGGUGGAUGAGGGGCAAAGCAGCCACACCCCCCACCCAGGGGUUUUGGCGAGAUACAGCAAGGACCGCAGCCAUCCCCGCUUCCUUCCUGGAAGUUUAUUUCUGUUUGGGAGGGUUUCCCCCAGCUCCGAGGGUGGGUCCAGACAGAUGUUUGCCUUUUCAGGCCUUUUGGCCGCAAGAACAGGCGCCGGGGGGAGCCCGCUCAGCGGCAGGAGCACUUGCAGGCGGCCACGACGGGGUAGGGGAUGUGCCGCCAGGUGCAGCUCGGGGGGCCGGGCUGCUGCGGGCCCCAGCAGUGCCAGGCCAGCAGCUUGAUGCGGGUGAGCUGUGCGGGCCGGCAGGCCAUGCCGGGGGGCCAGGAGCAGCCGGGGGGCCCGCUGUCGCACGUGGUGUGGCGCACCCAGCGGGGCCAGAAGACGGGUCCCAGGUCGACCCAGGCGGAGGUGGCUCCAGGGUCUCCUCCCCAUCCUCACCUACCUGCCACCAUCCAGCCCUCAGCAUCAGGAAAAGAUCCCUGCAGUCUGACAGGAAGAUGCCAGGGGGAUUGAACAUCUCUUCUGACAGCCCGGAGCUACGAGCAGCGGGGAUUAUUGUGCCCAUCAUCUUCUCCCUCAUCUUCCUUGUGGGUACUGUGGGAAAUGGGCUGGUGCUGGCUGUGCUGCUGUGGAAUGGCCAAGUCAAGUACUCCACCACCAACCUCUUCAUCCUCAACCUGGCUGUGGCCGACCUGUGCUUCAUCAUCUGCUGCGUCCCUUUCCAGGCUACCAUUUACACCCUGGAUGGGUGGCUCUUUGGGGCCUUUGCCUGCAAGGCUGUGCAUUUCCUGAUCUACCUCACCAUGUAUGCCAGCAGCUUUACCCUGGCUGCUGUCUCUGUUGACAGGUACUUGGCCAUUCGCUAUCCACUGAAGUCCCGGGAUCUCCGCACAUCCCGAAAUGCAGGAGUGGCCAUUGUGGUAAUCUGGUCACUGUCGAUGCUCUUCGCAGGGCCUUACCUCAGUUACUACCAGAUAAUCCAUUACCAUGGUGUGCCCCUCUGUGUCCCCAUCUGGGAGGACCAGCACCGAAAGGUUCUGGACAUCCUCACGUUUGUAUUUGGAUACCUGCUGCCCGUGACCGUGGUGAGCCUGGCAUACUCUAGGACCAUCAAGUUCUUGUGGACUUCUGUAGACCCCAUAGAAAGAAUCUCAGAGUCUCGGAAAGCCAAGCGUAAGGUCACCAAGAUGAUUGUCACAGUGGCCAUCCUGUUCUGCCUCUGCUGGCUGCCCCACCACCUGGUCAUCCUCUGCUUCUGGUUUGGCCACUUUCCCUUCAACCGGGCCACUUACGCUUUCCGCCUGGCUUCCCACUGCCUUUCCUACACCAACUCCUGCCUCAAUCCCAUUGUCUACGCCCUCAUCUCCAAGCAUUUCCGCAAGCGUUUCAAGCAGGCCUUCACCUGCCUCUUCUUCCAGAACAAGAUCAGGAAAAAGAAGAAGAGAGUUGGAAGGAAAGUCCAUAUGGUCAAUAUGGAAAGAGGUUUUGCCAACAGGACAGGAGAUUUCUAUGGAGGCAACACUGAGGUGACGCAAGCCCCAGAAGAGAACACCAGGAAGAGGGACUAUGAAGGUGCCAGUCGUACCGGAGCAUGGACUCAGCAGGUACAAGAUGCCAUGGUAUCUGUUCAGAAGGAGCUACUGGAGGAGGAAAUUUUGGCAACAGCUGGCCAUUCCCUAGGUGUGACCCCCCUAAGAGGAACUGUUAUACAAGAUCAAGAAGAAGCCCUAGACAAGGGCUAGAGAGGCAAAAAAGACGUCUCUAUUUGCAUCACAUUUUCUGACCACAUCACAGUGGUUUUGCUUUCCUCCAGGAUCAUCAUGCCCAUGCCUAUCCCCACUGAGAUGGUUUUAUGUUGGCAGUGAGAGAUGAGCUCGCUCAUUCAGACCCACUAAACUGAGUUCAAGACCCCCGGUACUCCUCUAACACCUCCUCUGUGAUCCUGUAGUCAUGUCUGAGACCUGCCAUCAUCCCAGCUCAAUAUUCACAGUAAACUUGAAGUGACUGCAACAGCCGUCCUCUUCUUUAAUUGUGUAUGGUGUUUUAUUAGUGCUGUGUGGAUCCUGAAUAUGUAACCCUUAAUGUGAGGCAUGUCUGUACCUGUAAUUUCUUAAGAGAAGGUGAAAAUUGGGAAGCUUAGGAAAAAGUGUUUAGGGAAAGCUGUGACAUUGUGGGACACCCAGACUUCCACACUGAAGAGGAAACAAUUACAGGUUGUCAUGGCACUUGUAAGUGUCCUGAGCCCUGCAUGGGCUACAAAAUCCUCUGGUGUCCUCACUUGUCCCUAUGCAUGGUGCUGGAAGUUGUGUCAAAAGUAAAGGAGUUUUGGCCCCAGCCAGUGCUGUAGGCAUUGGGGCUGGGUGACAUCAGGCAGCUUGCAGAGCUGUGAUGUGCAUGAGCAGAGCCAUGAUCUCCCCCUAAUUUCUCUUAUUUUUCUGUUCCCUACUUCUGUUUGCAUAAAUCUUUCCUUUUUGCUUUGUCCUGCCCACUCUUAAUUCCCAGCUGACAUGGUAUUUCUAAUGCUCACUGAAGCUGUUGUUCACCUUGCUGGAGCUCGGCUCCAAGGACAUCCCUUUUUCUGUGCAGAGGCUAACUGAAGAGGAAGGCCAACAGUGCUGGGAAUUAGUUUUCUUUUUCCAUUCAGGUGCUUGAUGUUGCUUUCUGCACUUUGGGCCUCCCUUGCCUCUCUCCCUGUUUCUGAUUUUUCCACGUCUCUCCUUUUGUGGUGGCUGCCACUCCUCUACAGUGGAUCUCUUUCAGAAACAUGUCCAGUGUGCCUUCCUGGGAACAAUGAGUUCUGCAGUCACCCUCUGCACAUUAUGCCAUGGCUGGUGGCCAGCUCACAUGGUCUCAUAAUUUCUUCAGGUGAAGACUCACUCCACAGCCCAAAGCAUUGCAGGGAGAAGGGAACAGCAGUCAGAAGCAAUGACGUGGCACAGCUGGACACUGCCUGUUCUUGCCUAGGAGCAGCCGGGAUGUUGCUCACCCCUGAUCCUGUUCUUCCUGGUCCCAGAUUGCAAAUGGAGCAGAUCAGACCAGGACUGACUGCUGCACAUUGAGGUGAAGCCUAAAUGAAACAGGACAGAGAGGACAGGGAAGAUCUUGGAGAGAAGGUGCAUUUAGCACGACAAGUGGCUGCAAGCCCUGGACCCCUUUGCUACGUUCUGCCUGGUGCUAAGGCCCAGUUUGGAGGAGCACAUGAGUAGGAAGGGCAGGUGCUGAGCCUGGGUUGGGAAGGCUCUGGAGCCAGAAGGAAAUUCCUGUGUAUCCAGUACCAGUUUACAUGCUCCAGCUGGUUUCUCAGCUCAAAAGCAGAGGUGAAGCAAAGAUGUCACAUCCUUGAUAGAGCGACAGGUUUAAUUAAAACUGAAGGAGUUUGAUUGCUGCUUUCCACGCAGCCUUCCCUCCAGACUGAUUGUCGUUCUGCAGUCUCUGCUCCCAGCUUCUUGCCUUAAUUAAUUACUGUAUUCUCUUAUUUUCUAUCCUACUUUUUAUCACUCAGGCUGACAAGCUCAUAUUUAACCCUGCAGGGUCUGGUUUCCCACAUCAGUAGAGUGCAGCUUUUCCAAGAUCUGGAACAGGGUAGAUGAAAUGGGAGAGGUGUGAGCAGGUCAGGGUUUCGUGUCUAGUGGUAAGCGUCAGCUCUUCUCUGUGCAGUAACUUAGUCCUGCCAACUGUGUGCUGGUUCUGGUGUCUGGCAUCUCCCUGGCAUGUGUGACAUGAGCCUGACAUACUGGGAAGUGCCAGACCCAGGUGCCAAGAAGCUCAUCCUGCUUAUGACCCUGUGUGUAAAUCUGGCAGCCCUGGGGAAAGGAAUUCUGGUUAUUUGCUUUUGGGUUUAGCUGCUGGUUGCUAAUCUAGAUCAGCACUAGCAGGUUGCCAGGUGAUUAUUUUAAUUCUUCCUCUCUUAGAGAUUUCAUAAAAAAGCCCAGAGGAACGCUGUUUGCCAUACCUCUGUUAUUAUCUUCCUAAUCAAAAUUUGCUGAUUCCUCCACCUAGUCACCCCAUGGGCCCUGACCUGCCCAGGGAUGCUCCCCCAGGCUGGCCAGGCACAAUGCAUGAAGAAGGCAUCUUUUUGUAAGUAUCCUUCUGUAAUGGAAGAGAUCUUUGCUCACAGAGUGAGCAAAGGAAGUGGAUGAAAGAGUGAGAAGUUUGCCAGAGAUGCUUCAUGGGGCUUCCUUAGCAGCACAGAUAAUUGCUGUGUUGGAUUUGAAGUCUGCUAGAAAGGCAAAGGUGGAGGAAAUAAAUGAGUUUAGCUGUUGGAGAUUAAUUAUUUCAGCUGCUGAAGAGCUGAACAAAUUCUUGAUGUUCACACACAUUUCAGUGUGUGCUUUGCACUCGAUAGUGUGGGUGAAGUGACUGCUCCAGAGAAAGGUCAUUUGCUUAGUAACAUCCAUGCAGCUUUGCUGGGAGGCCUUGUCAGAGCUGUUGCUUCUGCUAUGGCUCCUCUGUGAGACACAAUCAGGUUCUCAGCUGUUUGUUUGCUUGGGGCAGAUCCUCAGUCUGGCUGGUUUUGGUUCCCCUCACAGUACAGCAGCAGCCUCAGAGCCAGGGAGGUUGCUGCUGGGUUCAGUAGCUGGGAAUUCUGCAGAUCACAUGCUCUGAAUGAGGAGGGGAAAUAGAGUGUAUUUGGGGGUCAGGUAGUGGUGAGAGGGAACCAAAGCCUAAAGUCUCAGUUGAUAUCAUGGCCCUGGGAAUGGGGACUAAUCAUUGUCCAGGAAGGGAUCUGGGGGGUGCAUUUGAUGGUGUAGAACAAAGAAAAUGAGGAGUUUGGACUGAUUCUAAUGGCAAAAUAAACAGCAGAGGGAAACCUGUGCUGUUGUUUCCAUUCUCCAUUACUGCAACAGAAACCUCUGGGAGACACAGACAAUUGCCACCAGCCUCACGGGUUGUGCAGGGAAAUCUGUUGCAGAGCUGCUGGGAGAAGCUGAAGCCUCUAGGCCAGAAGCAGAAAGAAAACCAGGCAAUGCCAGUCAACAGCUCUCAGCACAGUGGGAAGCCAUGUUUUCUCCUUCCCUGGAACAGCUUCUUUCCUGCCCAGCACCUAAUUCUCAUUCUGGAUACAGCUGCUGAGCAUGACAGGGUAGAUAAGGCUCUGGGUAUGACUGGCUGAUGCAAAGAAACCUAAAACUUUUCUCCAUCCAAUGCCAAACACAUGAUACGGCUCAGGGCAGCCCACAGCUUCAAGCCCUGAGGCAGGAAAGCAGAACUGACUGUGGUGAUUCAUAGAACACAAUUCCUACAUGAUACUUUUCUUUUCUCCACUGAAAACCAGAUGUGCUUUUCUCUUUCUUACCUGGUGUUACUGCUAAAGCAGUGGCGAAACUUCCUAUAGCCAUUUGGUUUUUUAUUGCCUCUCCUGCCAUGGUGGGAGCAGUGUGGCAAAAGAAGCAAGACAAUUGCUCCUGGCUGGCUGCAGCACCCCCACCUUUCCCCUUUGUCAGGAGCUGUUAAGAAAAAACCCAGCACCAGGCAAGAAAAAAGCCUGAAGAGCUGUGGACAACAUCACGUGUGCCCACACUAAAAGCUUCACUCUGAGUCUCAGCUAGAUGUGUUCCUGGGUUUGAGGUAAGCUGGUAAGAGGUGCCUACUUAGAGACAACAUCAGCAACUGCUGGGAUAAAGAGUGUUUUAGCCACGUGCUCUUCAGGCACCUUAAUGGUCUCCUCAGCAACAAGGCUGCUGAGGGCAGAAGCGCUGGCAGCUGAGUGUAUGUGGACAUCAAGACUGGGCUGUAAAGAUGGGAAGAGACAAGGUCAGUAAAGACUGGGCAGGAAGGUCACCUGCUCCUCACACAGGGGCCGUGCUGGAAGCUCCCUGCCCUGCCCCUGUCCUUCUCCGGUCCCUCAUCCUCUUGCUGUCUCUUCACAGCACAGCCAUUUUAUUCGGCAUGGGGCAAGGCACGACUUCUGCCACUGGGAAAGGCUGCUUUUCCUCUCUGCAAAAUAUCUCCCAGCUUGAAGCACUCCUGCCGGGAUUCCCUUUCCUCUGUUUGUACGGUUUCACAGCAGCCUAGAUUUUAAAUUUGGAUUUCUUGGCUCUGGAAGUCAGGAUCAGAAAAGGUCAGCCAGCAACCCUGUACUUCGAUCUGCAAACAGAGUGGUGAUUGAACUCAAACAAC